CAAAGGUCAGAGAGGCCCAACCCUAUCCUCUCUGGCUCCCUCCCACACCGCUCGCGCCACUCUCCUUCCCCCGCCGCUCGCGCCGCUCUCCUUCCCUGGCCGCCCCGCAGUUCUCCCCCGGCCACCCCUUGCGCAGCUCCCUCCGUCGGCCACCGCCCGCGCAGCUCCCUCCAUCGGCCGCCCGGCCGCCCCCCGUCCCUGCUCCCAUACCCACCGACGCACCACCGCGAGGACAAGCUCGCCUCCGGCGCCAGCGCUGAUGCCGCUGCAGCAGGAGCACAGGAGAACCACUCGGGCGUGGGGCUCAACGCACGCGUGGCCGGCGGAGCACCUCCAGGGCGAGAACGCCAGCAGCCGCCUCUGCGCGUCGAGGGCCGGCAGAGCACCUGCAUCGGCACGGUGGCACGGCGGCACGCCAUGCUUCGGGCCGGCCCGACGGCCCCACGGGCCGUGCCUUGGGCCGACGGCCAGGCACGAGCACGGCGCGGCCGGCACGGCGGCGGCACGAUGUCGUGCCGGGCCGGGCCGGGCUGGCCCGUUGGUCAUCUAUACAUGCAAGGACCUCGAGAGCAAAACAAGUACUGAAAGGUAACAGCCACAGCUGGUCAGGCAGCAGGAGGCUCAACUCUUUACAAAGGCUUCUGUUAGCCUCUUCUAAUAUUUCGACUAGCCGCUUGAGAUGCAAAAAUAAUUAAUGUAUACCA